GAUAAAGGGUUGCUGCUUGGGACAUAUAAUGAUAAAGGGUGCUGACUGGGUUAUAUAAGGAUAGUACUGACUCGGUUAUAUAAGGAUAUGGGAUGCAGACUGUGUUCCGUCAGGAUAUGGGGUUCUGACUAGGAUAUAUAUAAUGAUAUGGGGUGCUGACUGGGUUAUAUAAGCAAAUGGGAUGCUGACUGGAAUAUACAAGCAUAUGGGCUGCUUACUGGCAUAUACAUAAAUAUGGGGUGCCGACUGGAUAAUACAGGGAUAUGGUAUUCUGGGUGGGAUAUUUAGAGUAAACACGUACGAGGGCUAUUUCAGGGAUGUGUGGAGGGAAUAGGAGAAUUGCUGGUAUAAUCCCCUGUCAGUCCCAGUAAUGCCCGGUUUGGCAUCAUCUUCUCACAGGUACAGUGCAAUGGUGAGACAGUUUCCUGUAAGUGGCCCAGUUGCUAUGGCAGACAUGCUGGAUCCCUACACCUUUGAUGCCCCUUCUACAUACAUUAACUUUAGUUCUUUCCAUGAGGAUCACAAUGCUGACUCCUGGUUCGACAGAGUGACCAAUGCACUUAAGACUCCCCCAAACCAGAGGCCACGCUUUGAAACUUCUGCUGUGAAUUCUGAACACAAGCGCAAGGUGUUGACAACCCUUUCAAAGGAGGCAGUCUCCAAGAGUACUACACAUUUUUGUGAUGUGAAAUCUCCAUCAACCAGGCUCAUGUCCAGGAAGCAUCGGGAAAAGCUUCUCAUAAAAAUGAGAGAGUCAGAUCUUGAGAAUGAGCCACCACAGGCUGACUCCCCGCUGUGCAAACUAAAGGGGAGUAGGAAUGUGCUGGUGAAGCCUAAAAUUGCAGAACAGCAAGAGCUUGAGAAGAUACAAGAACUUCAAAAGAAUCUCAACGAAAAUGAGCAUUCCAUGAAAGCUGCCAUAACUAGAGCAGGUGUGUGUACCUGUUGGUGGGAGCGACUAUAUUUUCCUGACUGUGUACAAAAUAAGAUAUACCCUCAUACUGUACUCAGAACAUUCCUUUUGUAUUUAUACAUAUGGUAGGGAGGAGCCAUAUUUCUUCUCAUUUGACCAAUGCUGUCUAACUGGUGUAAUCCCCCUGUAUUGUUCACAUCUGUAACACCUCUAUUGUUCACAGCCCGGUACUGUUCACACCUGUACAGCCCUGCACUGUUCACAUCUCAUUCAAACUGCUGGAGGGCCACCAGUACUGUGAAGCACAGUAUGAACUGUUCAUUUUAAAGUGGUCCUGAUAGGUUUCUGUCUCCUGCAGUAUUCUGCCUUCCCCAUGCUCCCUGUGUCUGCCAUACUCUUCAUGCUCUAUGAUCCUUGUG